AUGACGUCCUCAGCAUCAGUCGGGCCAAAUGCGAAUACCGAAAAGAAACAAUAUCUGUGCCUCUUCCAUGCAAUUACAUCUGGAUUAUUGGCUGACAAUCUUGGGUCUGAUGAACAGGAAAUCAUCGAGAUGAUCUACUUGAUUAUUGAUAUCGAAGGAAAACAAACUGUAGGUUUACAACGCGAAUACAUUCGAUCUUCUUAUACGCACGUAUUGACGGAUGAAUGUAAAGAAAUCAGUGGCAUCGACGAAACAUUGGUCUUCUCAUCGGAGUUGAAUCUCGAUGGAGCAUUGCGAAAAUUUGAUAUAUUUUUACGUGAGAAUACGGGAGUAAAUGUGACAUUCGUUUGUGAAAAUUGUCUUCAUUUACGUCAAUGUUUACAUCCAGAAAGUGCGAAAAAGUCAAUAUCUUUACCUAACUAUUACUGGAAAUAUUUUGAUUUAAGACUGGAAUUUGAAAAGAUGUAUAAAACUUCCGAAUGUCAGAAUUUAAUUUCUAUGUCUGAAAAAUUAAAUCUUUGUCCUAUAUCCGAAACUGAUUACUGUAUGCGACAUAUUAAACUUAUGGAACUGAUCGUUCAUCAAAUGUUAAACGAUGGUAGAUUUUCCUUAGUCUCAAUUCGUUGUUUUGAUUCUGUCUAUCUCUCUGCAGGACAUCACUUCAAAGAACCUGAAAGUAUUAUGAUCAAUUUACAGCAAGGCAUAUGUUCUAUGGAGGACAAUAUCGAAGAAAGUACAGUCGUUCGUGCACGCGGAUUACCAUGGCAAUGCACCGAUCAAGAUGUUGCGAAAUUUUUCCGUGGUCUUAAUAUUGAAAAGGGUGGUGUUGCUCUUUGUCUUAGUACUCAGGGACGUCGUAAUGGCGAAGCUUUGGUUCGUUUCUCUACUGUUGAACAUCGUGAAUUAGCAUUACGCCGUCAUAAACAUCAUAUUGGCCAACGUUACAUAGAAGUUUACAAAGCAAGUGGACGUGAUUUUCUCAAUGUCGCUGGAGAUUAUUUAAAAAGAUCGAAUUCAGAAGCUCAAGCUUUCCUACAACGUGAUGGUCAAGUGAUUAUUCGUAUGCGUGGUUUACCAUUUGAUGCAACUGCGAAAGAUGUGAUCGAAUUUUUUACGCGUGGUGAUAUACCAACUUAUGUUGUUGACGGUGAAGAAGGCGUGUUGUUUGUUCACUAUCCCGAUGGACGAAGUACAGGUGAUGCGUUCGUCAUGGUCAAAACAGAAAAUGAAGCAUCACAAGCGCUGCUUAAACAUAAAGAAACGAUGGGUGCGCGAUAUAUCGAAUUAUUUCGAAGUACAACAGCUGAAGUUCAACAAGUUUUUCGACGAAGUCAAGAUCCGAAGAAUUUCCAAACAUCAUUGAAAGACAUUCCAUAUGCACCGUUACCUAUUCUACCACCGGAAAUGUUAACCGGUGGUAAUAAAAAAGAUUGUAUUCGAGUUCGUAAUCUACCAAUUGAAUGUGGUAUCGAACAAAUCUUGGAAUUUCUCGGUAUUCAUGCACAACAUAUCAUUGCACAAGGUGUUCAUAUGGUUUAUAAUGCACAUGGUCAACCAUCAGGUGAAGCAUUUAUUCAAAUGGAUUCCGAAAGUGCUUCAUUUAAUGCAGCGGCACAUAAGAAUAAUAAAUAUAUGUUUUUCAAUGGUAAAAAACGAUAUAUUGAAGUUCUUCAAUGUUCAGGUGAAGAUAUGAAUCAAAUUUUACUUGGUCUUGUUCCAUCGAAUUUAAUUCCAACGAAUCUUCAGCGACCAGCAAUGUAUUCAUCUCAUCGAGCCACAUCACUCGUGCCAAUGUCGACUUUACCACCACAGAUGCUUUCACCGAACAUGUCGAUGUCCUUAGCACCUCCAAAUCAGUCUUCAACAAUACCGAACAUACCACUAACAUCCACAAUUCCUUCAACUUCAUCAGCACCGACUAUGAACGGUCUACAUCCGAAUGCUACUUUUUAUCCCAUGCAAGUUUUCUACUAUCCAACACCAUCGAUAUCGCCAUCGAUCUAUCUGCAAGCAGGACAAAUGCAUCCGACACCAAUGACCUUUGUUUUACGAGGAGAAGCUGGUCAAUACUAA